AUGGGUAAAGCCACAGAGGUGUCAACGACACCUCAGCAGUCUACUGAGGAGCCCAUCAACUACGGUCCUCCCGAAGAAGGCAUCUUCAAGUACAUCUGCAAAGUCAUUCCAUAUUUCCGCAACCCUCGCAAUGUGCUUGUCUUCAAGCUGGAUGUCAUGCUACUCGCAUGGAUGUUCCUUGCCGGCAUCAUGAAAGAGAUGGACCAGUCAGCCACAACACAGGCUUACGUUUCUGGAAUGAGAGAGUCAUUGAGUCUCUACGGAAACGAGUUGGUUGAGUUCAACACCUACUUCUCCAUUGGAUACGCUCUUGGUUUGGUUCCUGGCCAGUUGAUCCAGACAAGAUUUCGACCGUCCAUGUUCCUGCCUUUUUGUGAGAUGAGUUGGGGAUUACUGGUGCUUUUCACAUACAAGGCCACCAACGCACAAACCAUUUUCGGCCUGCGAUUCUUUUUGGGACUUUUGUCGAGUGCUUUCUGGCCGUCAGUCGUGAGCUUGAUCUUCAACUGGUACACCCCCGCCGAACUCGCUGUCCGUGUCGCCUGCUUUACUGUCUGCGAUGUCGCCGGUGCCAUGUUCCUCGGUGCUCUUCAGGCCGCCCUGUAUCGCGAUAUGAAUGGCGUACGUGGUCUUGCUGGCUGGCAAUGGCUCUUCAUUAUUUCCGGUGCCGUCACUGUCGGUCAGGGUCUUAUUGCUUUUGUCACUGUUCCCGACUCUCCAGCCAACACUCGCGCCCUUUAUUUAUCCGAAAACGAGAAGAGACUCGCACGAGAGCGUAUGGGUAACGCGGGCGUCAACACCGCCAAGCGAAUCCCCGCCUCUGUUCUCAAGAACAAGCUACGGAAGCUCAUUGUCCACCCGAUUACAUACUUUUACCUAUUUUCCUUCGCCUUUAGCGCGUGGGCCCACCGCGCCAACUCCUACUUUGUGUUAUAUCUUGAGAGCAUCAAAGACGCUUCCGGUAACCCAGUAUAUGACACUUAUCACGUCAACAUUCUGCCCUUGGGAGGAUACGCAUUGCAGAUCGUGACAAAUAUUGCUCUCAACUGGCUAUCUGACUGGAAACGCUGGCGCUGGCAAAUCAGCAUUUUCUCGGCUGCCGCUCACGGCAUCUGUUUGGCGGUUCUAUGCGGUUGGCCAUCCGAUCAUAAGGUCAUCCUUGCAUUUUACUUCCUUACGUACGGUACCAACGCCGGUAGUCCAUCACUCAUGGCAUGGAUGGCAGAAAUCCUCCGGAAAGAGCCCGAGGCCCGCUCCAUCAUUGUGGCAAUGACGGUUACUAUUGUCUAUGUCGGUCACGCAACAAUCCCGCUGAGGGCAUUCCGUGUCGCGGACGCCCCGAGAUACCCCGUGGGCUUCCCUCUCACAACUGCUUUCACUGUUGCCACGAUAUCGGUUCAGCUUGGCAUGCUGUGGUGGGAUAGACGCCAUCCGGAGAUGGCCGAAUAUGGUUACGAACCCGCCAUCAAUGCCAACGGCUCAGAUGAGGAGAACCCUAAACUUGCAGAGAAUGAGCCCACUGUUGGGGGCGCUGAUUCGAAAUCCAUUCAGCCCGCUGUAGCAAGGGAACUGUAA